AUGAAGUUUAAGAGUCUCUGUAUUAGUCAGAACUCUCUGGUUGAGACACUGAACCUCAGGGAAAAGAACGGAUUUAUGCAAAGCCAUACAGUGGAAGAGCCUGGAUUUGAAGCGACAAGUUCUUCAGUUUGGAAGACUGCCCGUGGAUCAAAUGCGAUGCCUGAGAUGAUGGUGAAAAUCAUUGGAGGUAAACACUUUUGAUACCUUGUGGAGAAGCCAAAGAUCAAGGAGAAUGAGAACUGGAAGGCAGAAACUCAAACAUUACUCCAGAAAUCAGUGACUGGUACUGCAAAGCAGAUUAGCAGAGACCCCCCAGCUUCUACUAAUCCCACAGAUCAUCAAAUCAAUCAUGACCCAGAUGAUGUGGAAAAGAGCAAGCACCCAGAGAAAAACCAGAAACCAGAGGACAACCAGAAACUCCUAACGGGAGCACUCAGUUGCAGAUUUCUGGAUGGCAAAAUUCCCAACCAGGAAAAUGUCUACUGCAGCUCUGUACCAACCGGAGACCAGUCCCUGUCCUAUAUCCAUGGCCUCUCCAGGAGAAACCUUAGAGACUCGUCCUUAGAACAGAUGGCAAGGGGCAGCUCUGACCAACCCAAUGUGUACUCCAACUCCCAGUCAGAAGUGAACCACCACCUGUUGGAGAUCUUGAAGAUGGCACUAAGGGCAACCAAGGGCAAACUCAACAUGGAGAAUCUCAACCGGAGUUUUCGAAAAGGAGAUCACUUGUUCUCUGGCUACCUCCCCCCACCCAAGGUUAGGGCUAUAUGUGGGAAACAUGGAUUAUAUUUGACUUUGAGCCUUCUGGAAACAUUGCUUAACCAUCAAGAUUUGGGUUACCAGGAAAAAAUAAAAUGGCAGAAUUUUGUUGAGUUGUUGAGCAGAGCUUCAUCUUAUUUGUCAUCUGAUUUACUUCCCGGAAAGAAAGGAAAGGAAACCUCUGCUACUCCAGUGCAUCCUGAAGUUAAUGAGAUAUCUCAAGGAAAAACUGAACAUAUGAAAACUCCAGAAAAGGAUUUGCAGCCAGAAAACCCUCCUGCUGAGACUUCAGCCCCCAAAGAUCUCCCGAGCACUUUGAAGAUCAGGCCAGUCUCACAGCCUUUUGUCAGUCCAAUGAUGAAAAACACGUCUGAAGAAUGUGAGACAUGGAUUGACAGGUUCAGGAGGCUAGAAAAUGUCCUCUACCUGCGUGAUCUGAGUAAUACAGGAGUUCUGGAGAAGGAACGAGCCAGAUGCCUCAUUCACAACUACAAUCUCAUUUACAACCUGUCCCUGAGCCCUCGGAAAGUUUACCAAGCCUUGCGGAGAUUCCAUGCUGGAGAAAAUAUGCUCUUGGAGCCAGCGCUUCAGUAUUUAAAGGAGCUAUGA